CCCCCGCCUUCCCCCCGGCGCCUGCGCUUCCAGGAGCCUCCAAGAUGGCGGCGGGCCCGCCUCCCACCGCCGCCCAGGCCUACCGGCCCAACCGCUUCGUCUCGCUGCCGGCCGAGCUCGACCCCGAGACCUACGACUUGUCGCCGGAGAAGCGCCGCGCCGAGGCCGAGCGCUUGGCUAUCCGCGCCCGGUUGAAGCGGCAGUACCAGCUGCAGCUCAACAACCCCAACCCACCCGCCAUCAUCGAAGAUCCUGCCUUGAUCCGCUGGGCCUAUGCUAGGUCGCAGAACGUCUACCCUACUUUCCGCCCGACGCCCAAGACGUCCUUUCUAGGAGCCGUUUUUGCGAUAGGCCCUAUCCUCUUCUGGGCUGCUGUCUUCAAAGCUGACAGGGAUCGUAAAGAGAAGCUUAUCCAAGAAGGUAAAUACAAGCGACCGUUCAGUGUAUUUUAAGUCCUGGAAUUGCAGUGCUGUUCAUGGGAUAUGAAUAAAAUAAGAUGUAUUGUGUGCUGACAUUUCUCCUUCAUAAGAAUAAAUCUUAAUUGCUCGUUG